UCGCUAUUUUGAAUAACUAGGCUGAAUAGUAGAAUAUUUAUUUGUUUAGAGUUUGUCAAUAAAUAGGUACCUAGUCAACUUCAUUGACUACCUGGGUGGUUAGUGAUUCUACACCAUCUUCAAUUCAUCCCUUACGUCAACCCUCGCAGCGAAAAUGUAAACAUUUCUGUGCCCUAGACUUAUCUCUUCUCCCAUGUGGCCUGUCUCAGACUUAACUCAUUGGAUCCCGAGCUGCUGAAUUCCGAUAUAUUCUCAUUACUUUAGUCAGCUUUUAAAUUCUAUAUAUAAACUACCGAAGGUAAUCCCUCAAAACGGCUACAAACUCAUCAUAGCUCUCGAAGGAUUCACGAGUCUCGACCCAAACAUCCUUCUUCACAUCCCACCAAAGCCCGAGGCCGGGCAGCUAAUCGUGCUAUGCCCAUGGCUAGGCGCCGCCGACAAGCACAUCGCCAAAUACGCCGAGAUCUACCUCAAAAUCGCUCCCAACGCAAGGAUUCUCCUCCUUAAGUCCUAUGUAGCGAGCAUGAUCAGCCCAUACUCGACCCAAGAAAGCGCCAUGAAGCCAGCCGAGCACGUAGUCUGCCAGGUCCUAGACGAGUGCGGCGGAUCCGAAAGCGGAAAUCCGGGUACUAAGCCCCGGAUACUAUUCCACAUGAUGUCGAACGGCGGAAUCAACUCGGCGACAAACUUACUCCGCGUCCUCGAGCGGAGACUCGGGAAACCUUUGCCUUUGGUCGGAUUGAUUUGCGACAGUGUUCCGACCGGGGCUUCCUACAUGAAAACGCGUCGAGCUUUCAUGUAUUCCUUCCCGGCCCGCUUUCCGGUUAAUCUGAUUUCCUCCGCGGUUAUACACGUUCUCAUAUCCCCCCUUUAUAUAUCAAUCGCCAUGGGCCGAUAUGAGGCCCCCGAAGACUAUUGGCGAAAAUCAAUUUUGGAUGAGAAGCUCAUCGAUAGUAAGAGAAUUUGCUAUGUCGCAUCUAAGGCCGAUAAAAUGAUCGAUUGGAGGGAUGUCUUGUCGCACGCGGAACAAGCACGCCCGAAGAACUGGGAGGUUAAAGAGUUCAUGUUUGAAGAGACCCCUCACUGUAACCACAUCAGUAAAUAUGAGAGCAUCUAUAUCAAUGCUGUUGCUGAUAUGUGGGAGAACAAUAAGCACUGAUAUUCGCUGUUAGUAAGCGCAAUUCUCGGAGCAAAGACCAAGAGACCUUAUAUAUCACUUGGACCAGUUAUCAUCUCUGAGAGGCUCGGAUAAGAUGGUGUGGUAAUUGGGUAUAUUUUUAGUUUCCCAUCCAAUAGACUUACA